AUGAGCUUGGAACUUGGAGCUACACCGAUUGGAGCUUUGGAAAAUCAGAUCGUUUCCACCAUUGCUUCAUCAUGUAAUUUUGCAGGAACUAAUUUAGAAAAAGAUGAUGCUCCUGUUUUUGAAAUGUUGCAUGAUAUAUAUCAUGGUGUUCCCAAUAAUAGUUAUGACUUUGAUAAGACAACUGAGUCACCACACGAAGAGCCUAAUGCAGAAGCUAAGAGAUUCUAUAAGUUAAUGAAGGAUGCAGAAACUCGAUUGUAUCCAAGUUGUGAAAAGUUCUCCAAACUCUCUUUUAUAGUGCGUCUUUUUCAAAUGAAGUGUAUGCAUGGAUGGAGUAAUACUUCAUUUGACUCUUUGUUGAAAUUACUUAGUGAUGAUUUACCUAAAGAAAAUGUGCUCCCAAAUUCUAUUUAUGAAGUUCAAAAGAUAAUUAAAGAUUUGGGUUUAGAUUAUGUGAAGAUAGAUGCAUGCGUUAAUAAUUGUAUCUUAUAUAGAAAGGAAUAUGCAGAUCUUGAACAAUGCCCUAAAUGUGGUGAAAAAAGAUGGACAAUGAGAAAAGGAACAGAUGCCAAUAGUGAGGUUGCUUCAGGUAAUUUGAAUAACAAAAAGAAAGGAAUUUCUAGAAAGAUUCUUAGAUACUUUCCUAUUAUACCUAGAUUACAACGAUUGUUUAUGACAAAAGGAACCGCAAAAGAAAUGAGGUGGCAUAAGGAUGAACGAGUUGAUGAUGGAGUGUUACGACAUCCUGCUGACUCAUUGGCAUGGAAAAGUUUUGAUGAAAAAUAUCCAAAUUUUGCUUCGGAUCCUCGUAGUGUAAGACUUGGACUUGCUUCAGAUGGUUUUAAUCCUUUUGGUUCAAUGAGUCCUGGUAUGGAUAUUGACGUGUAUCUCCAACCUUUGAUUGAUGAUUUGAAAAUCUUAUGGGGGGAUGGAAUUGAGACUUAUGAUGCUUUUAUGAAACAAAAUUUUCAAUUACAUGCUUCUUUGUUGUGGACAAUCAAUGAUUUUCCUACUUAUGGUAUUUUAUCUGGUUGGAGCACUAAAGGUAAAUUAGCUUGUCCAGUUUGUCAUGUGCAUACUUGCUCUGCUUACUUGAAACAUGGUCGAAAGCAAUGCUAUAUGGGUCAUCGUAGGUUCUUGGAGAUAAAUCAUCCUUAUCGUCAAAAUAAAAGUUUUUUCGAUAACACAAAGGAAGAAAGAAUUGCACCACAUGCUUUGAGUGGUGAAGAUGUGCUUGUGCAACUUAAUACCUCUUCACAAAGGUCCAGCGAUGACAACACAAGAAAAAGAAAACGAGAUACUGAAAGAUAUGAUAAUUGGAAAAAGAAAAGUAUAUUCUUUGAACUUCCAUAUUGGAAGACUUUAUUGUUGAGACAUAAUUUGGAUGUGAUGCACAUUGAAAAGAAUAUUAGUGAAAGUGUGUUAGGUACGUUGUUGGAUAUUGAAGGAAAAACAAAGGACACCCUGAAAUCUCGAUUGGACUUACAAGAAAUGAAGAUCAAAAAGUCCCUCCAUCCCAUAAAAAGUGGGGAUAAAUACAUACUUCCUCCAGCAAGUUAUACAAUGUCUAAGGCGGAAAGGAUUCAAUUUUGUCAGCUCAUCAAAGAAGUUAAGUUUCCCGAUGCUUACGCUUCUAACAUUAGUCGUUGUAUCAAGGAAGCUAAAAUUUUUGGGCUUAAAAGUCAUGAUCAUCAUGUUCUUUUUCAGCGUAUUGUACCACUUAUCAUUAAAGAAAUUUUACCAAAAGAUGCACAUGACCCAUUAAUUGAAUUGUCAUUGUUCUUUAAUGAUUUGUGUUCUAAAGAGCUAUCUGUGGAGAAGCUAGAUCAGCUAGAUAAAAGCAUACGAAUGACAUUAUGUAAAUUAGAACGUGUGUUCAUGCCGACGUUCUUUGAUGUUAUGGUUCAUUUGGCAAUUCAUUUGGCAAAUGAGGCGAAGUUGGGUGGUCCUGUUCAAUUUCGAUGGAUGUAUUACAUUGAAAGAUUUCUGCGAACCUUGAAAGGUUAUGUACGCAACAACUAUCGUGUAGAAGGAUCAAUUGCUGAGGGUCAUAUCGCAGGAGAGUGCAUUACAUUGUUCUCUAGAUAUUUGAGUGAUAUGGAAACGAAGCAAAAUCGUCCAGAUAGGAAUUCUAAUUCUUCUGACAUUGAACACAAUAGCUUAUCUAUAUUUAAUUGUCAUGGUAAACCACUAGCAGGGGGUUCCUGGACAAAUUUGAAUACUUUAGAAAUCAAUCAGGCUCAUUUUUACAUUCUCCAAAAUUGUGAGGAAGUCAGACCUUGGAUUGAGGAACAUUUAGAAAUUUUAACAAAGGAGAACAAUAGAAAUGUAGCAAAGAGACACAAGGAGGAAUUUCCUUUAUGGUUUGAAAAAAAGGUGAUACAAUUAAAGGAAAAUGGUGAUAACCGAAUUACUGAAGAAUUACUAAUUUUGGCAAGACCUCCAAACCCUCGAGUUUAUUGUUAUAGCGGAUAUGUAUUGAAUGGUUCUCGAUUUCGAACAAUGGAAUCUGAGCUAGGUUUGAAAACUCAAAAUAGUGGUGUGGUUGUGAAGAGUGAUGAACAUACAGGAAAUGUUGAUUAUUUUGGAAGGAUAAGAAGAAUUUUAGAGAUCCAAUAUAUGAACAAUAAAUCAGUUUUGUUAUUUCAAUGUGAUUGGUUUGAAGUUCCUCCUCAAAGUCGUAGUCAAAGUAGAGGUUACAAAAAAGAUGAAUAUGGAUUUGUCUGUGUAGAUAUAACACGACUUCAUUACACAAGUGAUCCAUUCAUUCUAGGCUCACAGGCUCAAUCAGUGUAUUAUGUGAAACAUGGUCAAAGUGAAAAAUGGCAUUCAGUGAUAAGGGUAAGACCACGAAAUUUGUAUGAUCUUCCCGAACAAAAAGAUGAAAUGGAACAAUAUCAACUGAUUGACUUAGUUGAAAGAGGAGAAACAAAUCAAGAAGUAAAGUUGGAGAAUGAUAACAUUAGAAUAGAAAGAGAAGAUAUUGAUAGAGUGAGUGUUGAAGCACCUUCUCUCAAUAAUGAGGAAGAAGCCGACUUAGUAGUUGUAGAUGAGCCUGAUCAUGAAAAUAUAGAUGACUUCAGUGAUUCUGCAACAGAUGAAGAUACUAGUGAAUAUGAUGAAGUUGAGGAUGAUGAUUGGUUUUGA